UUUGGCAGCGGAUCGAGGCCCUCCAGUUCAUCGACAUGCUGGCCUGCAUUAUCCUCAUCGGCUGGCUGCUGCUGCUUUGGUUUUACUUCCUGUGGAGUCGCCGGAGGUACUAUAGGGCAGCCUGGCAGUUGAGAGGACCCAUUGGAUGGCCAUUUAUUGGCAUGGGAUUACAGAUGAUGAAUCCGGCGACCUUUUUGCAGUACAUGGACGGUCUGUCGCGGCAGUUCAAAGCCCCGUUUAUAUCAUGGAUGGGAACCGACUGCUUCCUGUACGUCAACGAUCCAAGCACCGUGGAGCAAAUCUUUAAUUCGACGCACUGCACCAAUAAGGGCGAUCUAUACCGAUUCAUUAGCUCGGCUAUAGGUGACGGACUUUUCACGUCCAGUUCGCCCCGUUGGCACAAGCACCGCCGCCUCAUUAAUCCCGCCUUUGGUCGCCAGGUUCUCAGCAAUUUCCUGCCCAUCUUCAAUGCCGAGGCGGAGGUACUACUGCAGAAACUGGACCUAGAAGGUGUGCAGCAUGGCAAGAGGUUGGAGAUCUAUCAAAUUCUCAAGAAAAUCGUUUUGGAAGCUGCUGGCCAGACCACCAUGGGUAGGACAAUGAAUUUUCAGCACGAUGGUUCUAUUGCUAUUUUUGAAGCUUAUAACGGCUUGACUGAAGUGUGUGUCAAACGGAUGCUAUCGCCCUGGCUUUAUCCGGGACUCAUCUAUCGACGAUCCUGGCUCUUUGGGCAGCAGCAAAAGGUGGUUGGCAUACUUUUUGGAUUUAUAGAACAGCUUCUCGAGCCGAUUGUCUCGGUGGUGGCUUCUGACGCCAGCCCGGAACAACAGCAUUCAGAGACGAGGGGCAAUUCCAAGGCUAUUUUCAUCGAACAAGUGAGGGAGCAUGUGGAACGCGGACAGCUGAGUUGGCAGGACGUGAGAGAUGAGGCCAAUGUGACAAUAGCAGCGACUUUCGAAACCACAUCGACGGCACUAUACUUUACGAUUCUCUGUUUGGCCAUGCACGCGGGCUACCAGGAGAAGCUCCACGAGGAGUUGGUCAGGGAGCUGCCGCCCACUGGCUACGUUUCCCUGGAGCAGCUGCAAAGACUUGACUACACCGAAAUGGUGAUCAACGAGGCCAUGCGAUUGUUUGCUCCUGUGCCGAUGGUCCUGCGAUCGGCGGAACAGGAUUUGCAACUGCGACGGGACGACGGCGAGUUUGUGAUCCCUCGAGGAACGCAGAUCGGGAUCGAUAUUUACAAUAUGCAGCGCGAUGAGCGGGUGUGGGGUCCUCUGGCCCGAACCUAUAAUCCAGAGGCUCAUUUUGGAGCAGACGCUCCACAGAGGCAUGCCUUCGCCUUCGUCCCGUUCACGAAGGGAUUGCGCAUGUGCAUUGGCUAUCGAUAUGCCCAGAUUCUGAUGAAGCUUCUGUUGGCCAAAAUAUUUUACAGCUAUCGCAUCAGCACAGAGGCACGGUUGGAGGAGCUUCUGGUGAAGGGAAAUAUCUCCCUUAAGCUCCAAGAUUAUCCACUGUGUCAAGUGAGCCGACGAUAAUUGAGG